AUGUCUUCGACAGCAUUAUUGAUCAAUGAUCUCCGACUGAAAUUGCAGAUUUCAAUUAGUAUAUCAUUUAUUAUCUUUGGUACUAUGGGUAAUCUUCUGAACAUAAUUCUUUUUCGAAAACGGACUCUAUGGACAUUAUCACCUUGUGUUCCUUAUCUAUUUGCUGCUUCAUUCAGUAACCUGUUCAAUAUUUAUGCAUUUAUUCCGUUUCGAGUGUUAAGUGGUUUUCAAAUCACUUCAGUAAACACUUUUCCAGUUCCUUGUAAAUUACAAAUCUAUUUCUAUUAUAUAUCAUUUGGUUUAUCUACAUGGCUCAUGGUUGGUUGUUGUGCAGAUCGAUUCUUCUCUUCAUCACUUGAUGCACGAAUUCGACGUUUUAGUAAUAUACGAAUCACUAAAAGAAUGAUAUUUCUUCUAACAUUUCUAAUUUGUGUUGGUUAUUCGCAAGUUCUGUAUUGUUACAACUCCAAUCUGGUGGGCCAGCUUUCGGUAUGUAACGUUAUACCUAAUUUUUGUACUGUAAUUGAUGUGAUGUAUUAUUUGCUGGUUCAAACGGUCGGACCACCUAUACUUAUGAUCACUUUUGGCAUUGGAACAUAUCUUCACAUAAAAGAGAGACGACGACUUUUGUUGCGAUUACCAGUGAACACAGAAUUAACUGGAAGAAACGCAGCGAUAGCAACAAAUGCUGAGAAUCCUGAAAGAAAUAGUGAUAAACAUAUUUUGCCUAUGUUAACUAUUCAAGUGAUUAUAUAUUUGGUCUGUUCAAUUCCUCUUCUUGCUACAAAAAUCUAUCAAAUGAUUCCUCUAUCGAUUGUGAAAAGUGAUGUGCGUAUCGCUGGCGAAAGUCUUUUUUUCAAUUUAUCAGUCUUAUUUAGUCUUGGUGACAAGGUUUUUUCAUUUUAUAUUUAUACAUUAUCGAGUAAGUUUUAUCGAAAAGAACUGAUCAAGUUAGUCCGACAAUGUCGUCCACAUCGUCGUAUAGCUGCACAAAAUUAA